AGCUUAAUUACUGUCAACUAAAAGCCAAAGAAAUCAAUUCAAUUGAAUUCAUUGCCAAAACAAACAAAAGUGAAAAAGAGUUAAAAUAAGAAAGAAGGUUUCAUUGCCAGUACCACCUGCACCACCUCCACCACCAUGUCAUUUUCCCUUUGAAGAUUACUCACAGAAAAGAAUAAAAGAAUCCAACGACUCAUUUUAACUAUCCAUCCAUCUCUCUUUUUUAUCUCCAUUAAAAUCUUCCCCUGCACGCCUUCCCUUCUCAUAUUUAUACCACACACACUCCUUCUUCUCCAACCUCAUCUCAAUCUCUAAUAUAUAAUUCCCCAUGACCACUAAUCUUGGUCAUCGAAUCGGAUUGACAUCAAUCAAGAUUGAAGAUCGGAACCCUGAACAAAAUCAAGUAGGUGAAGUGGGUAAUAUGUCAACUGGUGCCGCAGACGCAGGUGAUCGUGGUGAAGAAUUCGAGUGUCAUACGCCAACAUCCGAUGAAAACAAGAUUCCUAUCACCUUAAUUUGUCCACCGGCGCCAAGAAAACCUACCAAGAGGAGCAGUAUUUCCUGCAAGAGAAAGUUGUUUGAUGUUAAUCAGUUCGUUGAGACGGUGAAACGCGAAGAAAUUGAUGAAUUCUUCCGAUCCAAUUUCGAGCUUGUUGCAAGGAGACGGAUGAUUGCGAAGAAGAGGUGCAAGUGUACAUGAUGAAGGAGAGAGCUUAAUUAUUAUAAGCCUGCGUAGUAACAUUAUAUUUACACUUUCUAUUAUUAUUAUUAUUAUUAUUAUUUUGUUUCAAUUACGUUUUAUUAUAUAGUUUGUAUGGUUUAUGAUCAUGAAUCAUGAAUAAUAUGUAUGUAAUUAGCAAUCACACGUUUACCAUUUUGACUGAGCUUUAGGUUAAUUUCAGACUCAUGAAAAUAUUUUUCCAACUACAUUCAAUGGUUGAUUCAUUCUUUUACAAUA